CCGCCGUCAAGUCUGCUCCGUCGUUCCCCUCCCCUUCUCGCCAGACGAUGUCUUCGUCUUCGUCAUCAUCAUCGAGCGCAAGCUCCACACCAGAGCCUCAAUUACCACACAAGAGGAAGCUCGCGGAGGCCGUGAAGGCUGAGGAGGACGAUGAUGAUUCCAGCGACGACUCUAGCUCUUCCCCCAACGAUUCUGGCUCAGAUUCGGAUUCUGACAACAACUCGGAUGCAUCCGACUCUGACUCUGACGACUCCGACUCCGACUCUGAUACCCCCAAUUUCAAAACUAAGUCUCGCGCAACCAAAGUCAAGGCCAAGGCCGCAGACGGCGGCGAGGAGGACGAAGCCCCCGUGCUCUCGCAUGCAGAGCUCCGGCGACAAAAGAAGAAAGCCAAGCUAGAGGCCAAGGCUGCUGCUGCCGAGGCUGUUGAGGAUGGCUCUGCUCCGAAGAAGCGCAAGCUCGCAAACGGGCAGGCGGCUGUCGACCAGCCGACCAAGCGCCAGAACUCCGUCUGGGUGGGGAACAUGUCGUUCAAGACGACGCAGGACGAUCUGCGCAGCUUCUUUAAGGAGGCAGGCGAGGUCACGCGCAUCAACAUGCCAACGAAGCCGUCCGGGCGUCCGGGAGGUUCGAUAGAGAACAAGGGCUACGCAUAUGUUGACUUUGCUACCCCGGAAGCCAAGGCAGCAGCCAUUGCCCUGUCAGAACACCCUCUCAUAGGGAGGAAGCUGCUCAUCAAAGAUGGCGAUGACUUCGCCGGCAGACCUGCGCCUCCAGGCCAAGACCCCACACAACUGACUGCCAAGACCCACUCCAAAACUGCUCGUAGGAUUCUCAACUCACAGAAGCAACCUCCCGCACCUACCCUCUUCGUCGGCAAUCUCAGCUUCGAGACGACGGUGGAGGAUCUUCAGCAGAUGUUCGAAUCACAUCGACCCGCUAAGGACAAGGCGAAGAAGUCGGAGGUCAAAACGGAGUCUGGGGCGGAGCCGCCACAGCCGUGGUUACGGAAGGUCCGUAUGGCCACCUUCGAGGACACCGGCAAAUGCAAAGGGUUCGCCUUCAUCGACUUUGGCACAAAAGAGUACGCCGAAGAGGCGCUCAUCAACCCGAGGAACCAUCACCUGAAUGGCCGGGACCUCCAGGUUGAGUUCGCCAGUGCAGAAGCCGUGCGACGCGGCGCGCCCCGUCAGCCGGCGGAGAAGGAUGCGGACGGUCGGCCUGCGCGCCCGCACAAGGGCAAGUCGGCUGGCUACGACCGCACGAAGCCGAAGAACCCGGGCAGCAAUAAGGCGGCGCAGAAAGAGGCCUCGGCGCUGAAGCGGGAGAAGUCAGGCAAGCCGUCGAAGGAGGAGAAGAAGAUGCAGCGGAAGGAGGCGGCGGGUUUGCUCGGGAAGUGGGGGAGAGACAGGGAUGGUGGAGGCGAGGGAGGCGAGGGGCAGGAUGAGAAGACCGAGGUUGGGAAGUGGGAUAGGAAGGCGGACAGAGGCCGUCCGACUCGGCCCAUGCCACACGGGAGGCAGAAGCCAGGCGCAGCCUUGGCGGGGGCGCCACGACAGUCAGCGGCCAUUCUCCCGAGUCAGGGAAAGAAGAUGACUUUCUGAGCGACCGAGGGCUCUAAUCUACUCGAACGACUCGCCUUGUAUCAUUUCGUGGCAAACGAGUUGUCGAAUUGUUCAUGAUGUUCACGCUGCUGUGCGCGCGUAAUUACACCUCGCUCGCCUCGCUGCUAGACGGCACCAAGAGUCAGUG